GCGCGAUGUCGCUGCCUGUGGUCCGGCUCGUUUGGCUUGGUCGGGUGCACUACUCGGAGCUGCUGGCGUUGCAGGAGCAUUGGCUACGGCGGCUACAGGCAGACCCUCGCCCUGGGACCCUGUCGGGGACCAAAGCGGGUGUGCUCUUGGUCUGCGAGCCAGCGGGGCCCGUAUACACGGGCGGGCUACGCGGUGGCCUGACACCCGAGGAGACUACGCGGCUGAGGGCCUUGGGCGCCGAGGUGCGCGCCACCGGCCGCGGCGGCCUGGCCACUUUCCACGGCCCGGGCCAGUUGCUCUGCCACCCGGUGCUUGACUUGCGGCUCCUAGGCCUGCGCCUGCGCACCCACGUGGCGGCGCUGGAGGCGUGCGCCGUGCGACUGUGCGAACUUCGGGGCCUGCAGGGCGCCCGCGCGCGGCCGCCGCCCUACACUGGCGUCUGGCUGGGGGAGCGCAAGAUCUGCGCGAUCGGAGUCCGCUGUGGAAGACACAUCACGUCCCACGGCUUGGCUCUGAACUGUUCAACCGACCUCACAUGGUUUGAGCACAUUGUGCCUUGUGGACUGGUUGGAACUGGAGUCACUUCCCUGAGUGAGGCGCUUCAAAGACUUGUCACUGUGGAUGAAGUAAUGCCAUCAUUCCUUGUGGCAUUCAAGGAGACUUUCAAGUGCACGUUAAUCUCUGAGGACAGCCCCAGCUGAAGGACAUUCAUUCACCUUAUCCUUGGGAUGAUGGUUCUACAAUAGAAAGCUUCUAGUCUGACUGAGUCCCCAGAACUACUCUGAUUCACUGACCAUGACAGGCCCUGAGCAAUUGCUAGUCUGACUGAGUCCCCAGAACUACUCUGAUUCACUGACCAUGACAGGCCCUGAGCAAUUGCUCCCUGUAUCUCCUCACCUACCUCAGACGACAUUAUGAAAAUACUAUGAAAAGUCACAGGCUACCUAAAGCAUCCCCAUGACCAUUAACACCUGUUAAUGGAGACACUCCAGUGUUAUUAUCAACUGCCAUUUCCUAAUUACUUGCUACUUUUUCAGUGCUAACAGCAAUUGUAUCAGUUGUAUCUAACAGCAGUUUUGACUCUUAGGUUUUUUGAGUUCUGUGGGAACCAAAUCUCUGUGAGGCCCAGGGAAGUGAUAAAGUUACUCUUCUCAGGAGACCUGGGUCUUUCUUCAGUAAAGGAGAAAGCCUCUUCAAAAAAAUAAAAUAAAAUAGUUUUGCCUUUCUGG